UCCGGAUAUGUUUUGAACUCUCAAGCGCAGACAGGGUCUACCAAGACUAUCAGCUGUGCAUUGGCUUCGUUCCACACCAUGCGAACGUUCGAGACUCCGCGGUCCGCUGUAUCGGCUGUCGGUAAGACGGGAUAUAAUCUUUUCCGUCUUCUACUCAGACUAGAUACCUAUAUAUACCAUGUCCCUUCCCAAAGCAUAUCUUACUUGAUAGCCACCAUCUCACCAAGAUUAUCCAACAUGAGAGUUCCCAUUACUUCCUUUACCCUUGCAUGGCUCGUUGCUUCCGUGGCAGCCUCCCCUGUCGUUGACAUUUCUGCUGCUGCCGAAGAAGCCUCUCCCCUCGAGAAGAGAGAGUGCUCGAAAGCCGGCAUCUGCGGGGGUGCGAUCCCUCCUGGCACUCAGCCAGUCUAUUGUUGUAUUGGCUAUUCUUGCCAGUUUUGGGGACGUCCUGUUGGAGUUUGUGCAAAGAGGUAG